UGGCUAUCCUAGGAGGAAUACUUGGGUCAUCAAUUAGUUACUCUUGCAAGAGUAUUUGGGUCUUCAUUUGGCUACUUUCGCGCCGGGACUUGGCUAUUCAUUUGACUAUCCCAGCAGCGAGUAUCCAGCUCCCCACUCGGCUAUCCUAAAGGAGUAUUUGGCUCCUCGUGUAGCUACUCUAGAGGGUGUGCUUUGGUCCUCAUCUGCUCACCUGUAGUAAUCUGAUGAGGACCCAAGUGUCCUUCAUAAGGUAGCCAAAUGAAGACCAAAGAUAUAGACGUAGUUGUUUUUUUAGCGAUGGCAUAAGCACCAUAACUCUAAUAAAAUUAAAGUUAAAGUAUUAAAGUAUGUUACUUUAAGCUUUAACAUUAAUGUUAAAAUGUUUUUAAAGUUAAAGUGCCACAUCUACUGAGAAUUCUUUAUCUAACUGUUAUUAACUGUUUAUCAAAUCUCCUUGAGAGCCAAAAUCUUCAACAGAAGUUUAUAGACGUUAGUCACUUUCAUACAUUGGUCUUUUUCUAGUGAUAAAAUUAAUAUAGCAAAAUUCGAGAAACUAAUUACAGGUUGAGACUCGUUGACACCGGAGAUCUUUCUUUCAAGUUUAUGUGAAAUGGUUAUUUUCGAACAAUAGCGUUUCUCUAACGAUAAAAUCAAAAUGGAAUGUUAUCGUCUUGAUAUUAAGCACUUCAUCACUUAAUAUUAAGUGAAUUAAGUGUUAAUAGAAAAACUUAAUAUUAAGAACUAAGUGUCUACUUAACAAUUGAUAUUAAGUGGUUAAGUGACGCAUCUCAACUUUUUGUUACGUAUCGAUAUUAAGCAUUAAGUAAAUCUCUGAAUGAAGUUUCUUAAUUAAGGGAAAUUAAAAAAAGCCCCAUCACUCUACCAACCUGUAUAAUUGCUAGCACAACAAACUAUCAUCAAGCCAGUAAUAAGCAGCAAAAUCAUUCGAUUUGCCAUUCUGUUGCUUCACGACGAUUCGAAAAAAAGAAUCACACAUAAACUAAUGAAAAACGAUAUGCUCUUAUAUAGUGUCAUGUUCCCACUGCCGUAUUUUAAUUUCCUUCCGUUCUUUUUUCGCCAUUAGCAUUUUUACAGUGUGCAACUUUCAAGUAUAAGUAAAUCCAAGAAUUAUUUAAGCAAUAAUGACUAACAAAAAUGAAUAGGAUUUCGCUUCACUGAAUAGUUUAUUUAAAACUUAUAUCAAAAAUGCCUCACAAUUUAUGAAGAACAAAAUUGGAAAAAAAGAAGACUACUAAUCAUGCAAAAAAAAACAGUUUAUUCUUUUGCUAUUCCGCGAAAAAAUGCCAAAAAAGGAAAAAUGCGUAUAUAAAUAUAUCAGCACUUGGACUCAUGAUUACACAAGGGUGGGGUAUGGGUGGGUGUGGGUGGGGUGUGUGGGUGUUGGUGUUGGUGUGGGUGUGGGUGGGGUGUGUGGGUGUGGGUGGGGUGUGUGGGUGUGGGUGUGGGUGUGAGUGUGGGUGUGUGGGUGUGGGUAUGGGUAUCGAUGGGAGAUUGUAUGCAUGAGAUGAAUGCCCACACUGUACACCCACACCCACACCCACCUACGUCCACACCCACGCCCACACCCAUUCCCACCCCCACCCACACCCACACACUCCAAAAGCUGGCAGUAUUAUAGGUGACACUUUGUAUUUAUCGUAUAUAAAACUCAUUGAUCCUUCCAUGACAUUUCUUACAACACUUUUUUCUAUACACCGUAUGUACAGACAAUCCUUGAAUUCCUGUCACGCGAGAUUAAAAACGACUUUGGCAUGUAAAGAUGCAUCUAAAAUUGGUCCGGUUGGUGUUGAAUGAAAGCCAAUGAAGGAGAGAUAAAAGUGGCCAAAGACGAUGAAAAAGCUACGCUAGUUUUUGUUAAAAUAAAAUAUGAAAUAAAAUAAAAAAAAAAAAAUAGUUGUCACACUAAAUGUCACGCGAGAUUUUUUAUUUUGUGUGAUGUAUGACUCUCUUAAGGCAUAGCAGAUUGAGCUGAGACUUUGAGCAUUUUAUUCACUCGUUGUGGUCAACUAUUGUUCAAAAUAUCAGGAUCAGAAAGUUUGUCUUUCGUACAAAAGUGAAAAUAUAGUGUAAAAGUGUCACGCGAGAUUAUUAUAAGCAUUACAAGAUUUAACACGUUCAUUAAAUAGUGUUGAACGUAUACAAGUAUCAUCAACAUAUCCACUAUUAUGUUGAGCAAAAAUUGAAUCACCUGUUGUUAAUCUUCGAUGUGCUAUUCAUAGUGAAACAGUUGUUUAUAAUGGAAUUGUACGUGUUGAUGGUGAUGAUUCAUUAACAGUUAAUAUUUGGGAUCCAUAUAAAAAAUGAUGUGAAUAUGAUUUAUACAAUAAACAAAAUAGAUUAUAUACAAUUAUAUUUCGACCAUUAAUUAGUGGAAAUCAUAAAAUUGAUAUACAUAUAUUUGGUCGUUUUUGAUGGUUCACCAUUUCUAGCUAAUGUGACUAAACAUAAUAACCCAUUAUGGUCACUUGGUAAACUGGGUCGAGGUGAAAAUGAAUUAUCAAUGCCGGUGAGUAUUAUUGUUGAUGAUUGUAAUGGACAAGAACAAGUGUAUAUACUUGAUCCGGGUAAUAGUCGAAUUAAAUGUCUUAAUAUUGAUGGAAAAUUUAUUGAACAUCUUGCUAAGAAAAUUAUGUUUUUUAUCUCUUUUUAA